CUCUCUCUCUCUCUCUCUCUCUCUCUCUCUCUCUCUCUCUCUCUCUCUCUCUCUCUAACUCUCACCAACCAUUUCCACUCUUUCUCCAUCUAGCACCUCAAUGUCACUUCUCUUCAAUUUCUUUCCCUUCCUUUUCCUUCUCCUCAUUUUCCCCACGCCAUCCUUCUCCGCCACAGCACCAUGUCCUCUCAACAUAACCGUCCUCCGCGAAAUCGGCGGCGGUUCAAAACCUUCCUCCGACUCCAACUCACAGUGCCAUUUCGUCCUCCAAGCUCUCCAUCUCGUCCAAGCCGAUUACCUCCGCCGCACCGGUUUCUUCGUUCCGCCUCUGAAUUCCUCCGAAUCAUGCUGGACUUCUUUCCAAUCAUUCAUCAACGAAUUUCAACCUAAUUUCGAUAUUCGCUCCUCUUGCGGUUUUCAAACAUCUUGGAUCUCACAAGGUUGCAUGAACAUCACAACGAAACAACAAUUCGAAAAUCAAGUUUCGCAGCCGGCACUUCAAUCUGUUCAGUCAAACUGUAACGAAUCUCUCGAAAACAACACUCCUUGUGCCUAUUGCAAUGUUCAACUUUCUAAUUUGCUUACUUCUUUGACCGGAGUUACCGUCAGUAAUGUCUCCGAUUGUAGGGCUUAUACAACUAUUUACGCCGCUACACUUUCCGAUCAAUUUGGUCCCACUGAUGUUGGAACCGCUAAGUGUAUGUUCGGUCUUGAUUUUUCUUCUUCUUCGAGUUCUAAUAUUAGGCAUCGAACAAUUGUUAUUGCGCUUGUUUCGGUUUUUGUAUUUUUGGGAUUGUUUUUGUUUGGUGUGUUUUGGAUUUACAUUAGAUUUAAGAGGAAGAAGAGAGCGGAAAUGAAACGUAAUAGUAAUCAUAAUAGAACUGAGAUUAUUUUGGGUUCGAGUUCUGGCUUGGAUUCAAUGAACCAAAGUACUACUUUGAUUAGGUUUAGUUUUGAUGAGAUUAAGAAAGCUACUAGGAAUUUCAAUAGGGAGAAUAUAAUUGGGAGCGGUGGUUAUGGGAAUGUUUAUAAAGGUUUUUUAUUUGAUGGAACACAAGUUGCAUUGAAAAGGUUUAAGAACUGUUCUGUUGCUGGUGAUGCAAGUUUUACUCAUGAAGUUCAAGUUAUCGCGAGUGUUAGGCAUGUUAAUCUUGUUGCAUUAAGAGGUUACUGUACUGCCACUACUAACUUAGAAGGUCAUCAGAGGAUUAUUGUUACUGAUUUAAUGGAGAAUGGGAGUCUUUAUGAUCAUUUAUUUGGUUCGGCCAAGAAGAAGUUAAGUUGGCCGAUUCGUCAGAAGAUUGCUCUUGGCACAGCGAGGGGUUUGUCUUAUUUGCAUUAUGGUGCUCAGCCUUCGAUUAUCCAUAGAGAUAUUAAAGCUAGUAACAUACUCCUUGAUGAGAAGUUUGAAGCCAAGGUGGCGGAUUUUGGAUUGGCGAAGUUCAACCCUGAGGGAAUGACUCAUAUGAGUACUAGGGUGGCCGGAACUAUGGGGUAUGUCGCUCCGGAGUAUGCUUUGUAUGGACAGUUGACAGAGAGGAGUGACGUGUUUAGUUUCGGUGUUGUGCUUCUCGAGCUUUUAAGUGGGAGAAAGGCGCUUGAAACCAAUGAGGAUGGCCAACCCGCUGCUCUCACUGACUUGGCUUGGUCGUUGGUUAGAAACAAUAGGCCUUUAGAUGUUGUAGAAGACGGUAUGCCAGAAUCUGGAACACCGGAAAUUCUUGAGAAAUAUGUGUUGGUUGCUGUUUUGUGUUCUCAUCCGCAGUUAUAUGCAAGACCAACAAUGGAUCAGGUUGUUAAAAUGCUGGAGACAGAUGAUGAAGUAGUGCCGUCGAUAGUGGAAAGGCCUAUCCCUUUUAUUGCUGGAAGACUCGAUAUUGAGAAAUCUGUCGGCAGUAACUCGGGUCAGCUCUGCAGUCCAACUGGAUAUCAAGCAUAUACAUUACAAUUACAAAGUAGCCGUGCUUCUAAUGGCGAGGAAGAGGAAGGAAGCCUUGAACGUGGGAGUGUGAGCAAAGAUUGAGAUUGGGGGAAAUAAGAUUGUUUUCUACUGGUUAGUGUCAAGCUUGAUUUGUUUGUAUAUUUAGAUUUUAGAUUUUAUGUUUUUUGACGUGUUUUCUGUUGUAAAGUCUUAAAGGAUGUACAGAAUUUGUUUACCACUUUUGUUGUUGUUGUAGAGUUUAUAUAUUUAAUGGCAAUAGAAUAUGAUCAAGUUUUGCCUAUUUGGAUAUAAGAUGACAGUGACACUAUUAAAAGUUGUUCCUGCCAAAUAUGACCCAUAACAAGGUUGAUGAGGUCUAAGUGGUCAAGUUUAGCUGCAUUA